UCCUCGCGGAGAGAAGCGACCAUGAGUCACGUCGACGUCAAAAACCUGAAGCCCUCCACCUUUGAAGACGAGCACUACGACCAAUAUGACUAUUAUAACUUAAGCGACAAAUACACAGAGGGCUCGGCCCGGAAAGGCAGGACGAAGAAGGAGGCCAGUGACAACACCAACAGACACAACCCUUCCGGACACGAGCGCAAGAUCGUGGAGAAGCUCCAGAACACGGAGAAGAAAGCCAAGGAGUGAAGGCUGAGGGCAACUCGGACGGCUCAACCCGGAAAACCGACCCUGGGCUCCAUGGCAACGGAACGAGACGUAGAGACGGGCGGCGGUCUGGCCUGCAGGGCACGGAGGAGGAGGAGGGUCCUGGAGGAGGAGGAUCCAAGAGGAUCCUGGAUGAGGAGGAUCCUGGAGGAGGAGGGUCCUGGAGGAGGAGGAUCUUGGAUGAGGAGGAGGAUCCAAGGGAGGAGGAGGAGGGUCUUGGAGAAGGAUCCACUCAUCUGGCCGCCCGCAGGUUGUGAAGAACUCGGCAGGGG